UCUUGACGUGAGACGGACAGACAGAAGGACAGCGGGCUUCGACAGCUAACCACUCUGUAAAUUCAUGAGUGCAGUAACAACAAGCAGGUAGCUGGCUUCUUGUCUUUUCCGAGCCAGAAUCACGGGCGAGAACAUCGACACGACCGGGACCAUGGAAAGAAAAAGUCUACCUGUUAAGCGAAUUCUGAACAAGCCCCAGAUUUUCCGCAGCACCCUUCACACUGAUGUGAAUGCCAGCCACUCCCGGCCUGGACGGUCACUCCUGACCAAAGUGCAGCACAACAGGCAGAAGCAUCUCUACGACACCAAUCACCACAUCAGGGCCAAGCCUGAUUUAAAUACAACGCUGCCAGUUCGACAGACUGCAUCCAUCUUCAAACAGCCAGUGACCAAGGUGACAAAUCACCCCAACAACAAGGUGAAGACAGACCCUCAGAAGGCUGUGGACCAACCUAAACAACUGUUCUGGGAGAGGAAGUUGAGCGGGUUGAAUGCUUUUGAUAUAGCAGAGGAGCUCGUGAAAACUAUGGAUCUUCCAAAAGGCUUACAGGGCGUUGGGCCUGCAUGUUCAGACAAAACGCUGCUUUCUGCAAUCGCCAGUGCCCUGCACACCAGCCCCGCACCAAUCACCGGACAGCUCACUGCUGCCGUGGAGAAAAACCCUGGAGUCUGGCUCAACACGACACAGCCUCUCUGCAAAGCCUUCGUGGUGACUGAUGACGAUAUCAGGAAGCAAGAGGACCUGGUGCAGAAUGUGAGGAGGCGGCUUGAGGAAGCCCUUAUGGCUGACAUGAUGGCUCAUAUAGAGGACACCGCUGCAGACGCAGCAGCCGACAAAGCAGAGGAGAAGGUUGAGCAGGUGGAGAAGGAGGAAUUAUAGCCAAGGUUUGUUUGACGUGAAGUUUGCUGGUAAAGUCUUUUCAAUAUUCAAAUAAAUGGCUCCAUGAAGAAUUUGUAUACACUUAAACUGAAACUGAUGGAAAUGGAGACAUUCUGCAGAUUUUGUAAAAACAAAGACUGUUGUCUUUCUUUUUUUUUUCCUACACUUGACUAUGUAUUCCUAAAAGGGUGCUUUUUUUGGGUUUCAGUUUUUAUUUUAUACCUCUACUAAUGUAUGACAGCUGUGGAUGGUGCUCUAUACAAUGCAGUGUUACAUUUAGUUAACAGCUGUUUAAGCUCAAAGCUGAAAACGCAAACCUUGUGUGUGUGAAUGAGGUGUGAGUGUGUGCGUUUAUAAUGUAUAAGUUCAUUUUGAAAAGUGUGUUCAUUUUUAAGUGUUCUACCAGAACCUGUUGCUUUAUAUUUUACUGACGCUGUAGGUAGUGUGUUGUAUAGAAAAGCUGCAGUAUUUUCACAUGCACACACCACUGUUGCAGCUGUGAGUAACUGAAGGAUUUACGGUUCAGAGUAUCGUUUUUUGUUUUUUUUUUUCUCUCACAAUAACCUGAGUUUACAUGGUAUUUGCAUUGGCAAAAUUAUUGUCAGUUUCAUUUUAACAUUUGAGUUUUGAACAGUUACAGAGAAAAUACAAAAACAAAUAAAUGCUGAUGUACUGUACCUCAUUACAAGAUUGUUACCGCUGUACCACUGUUAAAUAAAUGCAGCUCUUAUAAGA